UAUUCGACAUUGUAACAAGUUUUAGUAAUGGCUGUAUCAUCAGAAGAUGUUAUGAAUCCAAGUCUAGAUGAUCCUGUAACCAAAGCAGUGGUGGAUAAUAUAAUGGGUAAUUUACCCACAAAAAAACCUUUUGUUCGCUGUGAUGAUUGUGAUCUAUCAUUUACAAGUCAAACAGUAUUAGAUACACAUUUACAAGGUGCUAGACACGCUAAACAGAUUAGAUCCAAAAAUAUAAUGGCGUCCCUUGAAGAAACUAAAGUGGCGUUUACAAAGGAUGAGGAAACGAAUGGAUUAAAAUGUAAUGUGUGCAAUGUCUGUCUAAACUCUAUUCAACAACUUCAAACACAUUUGAAUGGCAGCCGGCAUAAAAAGAAAGCAAUGAGAGGUAAUAAACACUAUAUGGUACGAAAAUCAUUAUCGUAUAGGUUUAGAUGGAGUCGCACAAUGUGUAUGGAUAAGAUAAUAGAAAGAAGUGUGGCUGUGUUAAUCUACUGCUUAAUAUUGUUUACAUUUGCAUGCUUAAUACUGCUACUCACUUUUACCUGCCAUUUCUUUUCUUUAAAUUAAUACAAUGCUAGCUAUUCGCUUCUUGAAUACCUGUAAUUGAGAAAUUGUUUAUUAUGUA